UGAUCUUCAUUGGAACAAGAAUAUUAUCAAUAAAAGACUUGGCUUCGGCCUUUCAUGCGAACCUAUAUGUAUAUGAAGAAAAUGAAACAUGAAGAACACGAAAUACUACUUUUAUGGGAAAUUGUACUAUUUAUGUUUGAAGAUGAAGAUUAUAUAAAUACUUAGCUUGACUUUGAACAAGCUGUGUAACGUGAAUAAUAGAAAAAUAAAAAUGAAGACUUGGCUGUAUGGGCUUUUGACCCCUUUGCCUGUCCAGAUGGACGAACAGAACCAAAAAAAAAAAGGUCUGUGGUUACUAGUUACUACUUACUGACUUUUUAUAGUUAAUUUUAAGUACUUAUUAAUAUCUACAAAGAUUGUAGUAUUUAUCUAUAAUUGCCGAUUGUAUAUUGUAAAUAAUUAUAGGUAUUAAGUAGGAAGUUUAUGCAUCUUUUUUUGAUUUCAUAAAUUCAUGCUACAAUGGGAGAUAAAAAGUAUAAACAGAGCAAAGCUGAUAUCGCUAAGCAAUUUGAUUUACCAGAGAGACAAUCAAAAAUAACGUCUUUAUUAAACCAGGCUGGCCAACAAUAUUGCAUCUGCAGAUCUUCAGACAGUUCCAGGUUUAUGAUAGCUUGUGAUGCCUGCGAGGAAUGGUACCAUGGAGAUUGUAUCAAUAUAUCAGAGAAGGAGGCCAAGUACAUAAAGAAUUACUUCUGUGAAAGAUGUCGGGAGGAGGAUCCUACAUUAAAAACAAGGUUCCGCCCCCAAAAGAGAGAAAAUGAUCCUGAGGAAGUCAAAGAUGAUAGAAAAAAGAAACGCAAAGAAAAGGAUCACUCAGAAAAUAAGUUGUUGAAAAGAAGCACAAAAGAUGGAUGCGGAGAAUGUUCAGGUUGCUCACAAGUAGCGGAUUGUGGACACUGUGAAGCUUGCGAGGAUAUGUAUAAAUAUGGUGGGAGUACAAAACUCAAGAUAACAUGUAAACAAAGGAUCUGCAUCAAGAAUAGAAAGAUAUCCAGAGUUUCUAGUAACCGUACAAAGAAAAAGCAUCACGAAAGAGAAACAUAUGAACCUGAGGAGUCUAUAGCCCACUUACAGACAGUAGAGCCGAGACAUUGCUAUGGUCCGCAGUGCACCAGAGCAGCUCAGUAUGGGUCCAAGUAUUGUUCUCCGCAGUGUGGAAUGAAGCUGGCAACCGCUAGAGUGUACCAGGUACUUCCGCAGCGUAUACAGGAGUGGUCGCUGUCGAACUGUGUGGCUGAGCAACACAAUCGCAAGUCCCUUGAAGUGGUCCGCAGCGGUAUCACCAAGGCUCAAACAGCAUUACGGGAGUUGGAUAAACAACACUCGGAAUUGGAUGCACUGUUGAGUAGAGCGAAGAAUUGGACAAUACAACACAGCGAAGAGAAGGAAGCGGACGAUGAAACAUCGAUGUAUUGUAUCACGUGCGGCCACGAGAUCCACUCGCGGACCGCCGUCAAGCACAUGGAGAAGUGUUUCAUCAAAUACGAGUCGCAGUCUUCGUUCGGGAGCCGGCACUUGACCCGCAUCGACGGCCAGAGCAUGUUCUGUGACUACUACAACGCCACUAACGGGACCUACUGCAAGAGAUUGCGGGUAAUGUGCCCUGAACACUUUAAAGAUCCAAAAGUGAGUGACACAGAUGUGUGUGGGUGUCCGCUAGUGAGGAACACGUUUAAGCUUACUGGCGAAUUCUGCAGAGCUCCCAAGAAGUCUUGUCUGAAACAUUAUCAGUGGGAGAAGCUGAGGAGGGCAGAGAUCGACAUGGAGAGGGUCCGGCAAUGGCUCAAGUUGGACGAACUGGUGGAACAGGAGAGGAGCAUCAGGCUUGCUAUGGCUUCCAGGGCUGGCGUGCUCGGCUUAAUGUUACAUUCAACAUACAACCAUGAAGUGAUGGAGCGAAUUACGAAAGCGAACGAGAACGGAAAGCUCAAGGAAGCUUCCUGACAUUGGACCACACACUGUCGCCGCUAACGCGAAUAUUACUGUUAGACCAGUGCUGAAUGAAAACUUUGGAAAUGAUAAAAAGUGAAAAAAAUAAGAGUAGGAUGAAACCCAUUGGAAACACCUUCCUUAAAGGCCGGCAAUGCUCCUGUGAUCCCUCUGGUGUUGCAGGAGAAUGUGGGCGGCGGUGAUCACUUAACACCAGGGUACCCGUACACUCGUUUGUCCUCCUAUUCCAUAAAAAGAAAACGGAAGAGAAUAUAACAAAAAUUAAAAGAAAAAUAAAUUACGGGUGAUCUGAGGUCGGGAAGUGGAAAAGGGGGGUAUUUUAAAGUAAAAAAGGUUUAUCUCGAUUUCCGGCAAAACUGCAAGUAGUAUGGAAAUAAGUCAAAUGGUAAAGUUGUAGGUAAUAAAAAGAUCAUUAUUUUUCCUUUCAUUUUUGUUAUAUUCUCUUCCAUUUCCAAUGGGUUUCAUCCUACUAUUAUUUUUUUUGGUUUCAAAAAUUAUCGACACUGGUCUAUGUAUAUAAAUGUAUCUAUUGUGCUGUCUGUACAUAUAUAAUAAUUAAUAUAAUUAUACUCAGAUAA